AUGGGGCUCAAACAAUUUAUUGAACAGUGUAUUCUCAAUCGCUUGAAAGGGUCUCGUGUCAAAACAAAUAUGCCCACGUCGGACCCACCUCUUCCUAUGGACGACUUGUUACAGCCAUCAGGCCACUUACAGCCAUUACCACCAUUUCUGAAGAUUCCAAACGAGCUCUUUUUUCUCAUCACAAGUUACCUCCCUGAUGAAUACGUCAUGAGCCUCGGUCUUACAUGUCGCACUCUAUACUCAUCUCUUGAGGAGCAUUAUUUCCAACCAACGAAGAAGGCAGACAUCGAAGUGCUACGCAAAUUCCUUCCACUGGUAGACAGAGACUCUUCCACACACCUAUACUGCCAAAAAUGCGUCAAAAUCGACUCAAUAUCUUGUGAUGCAUAUCCACCAUUCCUUGGGCCGCACGAUCUCGAAUCUCCUCAUAUUCCAGGCAAUGAAAGGCUACAAUGCUGGAAUGGAGCCCGAGAAUGGGAUGUUAAAAACGAAAUCUGA